AUGGAUAAUGUGACUCCGCCGCCGUCUCCUCCAGCAACCGGAGGUGAAGGUGAAAACCAAGGAGGAGCUUCGGUCUGUGAUCGGCUGCGCGAUAGAUGUCUGCAAGAUUUGCAGACUUCUGGCUGCAGCUGCCGCGGUGAUUCUAGCGGCGGUGGCAACGAUGGAAGUGGUGGAAGUGGUGAAAACGCUGGUGGAAAUGAUGGCAACGGCGAAUCUGGUGAUGGAGACGAUGGAAGUGGAAACGAUGGCGGUGUUAGAGCCAGUGGUGGGAAUCCCGACAACAAAUUCGUCGGAGGCCCUCCUCUGGCAGGCUACAAUGGCAAGAAGGUCGACUCGGCUGCCGAAUGUCUCCGAGCCUGUACAGACUAUCCCGAAGCAAAGUGCAAGCGAGCCGUAUGGUCAAACCAAGAGAAGCCAGCCUGUAGCCUGUACGGCUGGGGCAAUUUUAAUGGCGACACUCCCUGUAAUCCCAAGACUUCCUGGGCGACCAAUAGGGACAGAAGCCACGCCUUGCAGGAGGGCUGUCCUCAGGAAAGACAACCGAAAUAA